UAACACUGAAAUGGUCACCAUAUUUUUAAUCUUCUGCAAAUCCUUUAAAGUCAUCAUCUUUAACCAUAGUCAUAACAGAUCUAUUCCUAGCUAACCGAUCAUUCAUUAUUCCAAAGUUUGAUGCACCAAUGAUGGGACCAAAAAUCCAUAUUUUUUCAAGAAAAUUAAUAAAACCGUCAAAUCCAACUCCAAAGCAUCUUCAAAGCUUCAAGUUAUCUAUAUUUGAUCAACUUGCUCCUUCAUACCAUAUCAAGAUCAUUCUCUAUUAUUCCAUCAAUGGAGAAAACAAAGCUUCUAAUAAUUCUCAAUUACUUACACAAUUGGAGGAACCAUUGGCUCACUCUUUAUCCAAGUUUUACCCGCUAGCUGGAAGACUUGUCAAAGAUCAAGAACAUCUCUUUAUUGAUUGCAGUGACCAAGGUAUUGAAUAUUUAGAAGCUAAAUUUGAUGGUGAACUAGCUGAGUUGCUACAUCAAAGACUUGAUGUUGAGAAUUUGGAUCAACUUUUACCACAAGAAGUUUGUCCAGCUGACUCUGCCACAACUCCAUUAGUGACUAUCCAAACCACUUCAUUUUAUUGCGGAGGACUUUCUAUUGGGAUGUGCGUUUCUCACAAAGUUGCAGAUACUUCCACAAUCCUUUCAUUUAUCAAUGGAUGGGCCAAAGCAAAUCAAGGAGAGAAUAUCAAUAAGGUUUUGUGCCCGGAUUUUGGAGUUCCUUCAUUGUUUCCACUUAAAAACUCUAUAGUUCAGAACAUCCCUGAAAUUGCUGAACACAUGGAAGUGAAAAUAGUAACGAGAAGAUUUCUGUUUGAUGGGUCCGAAAUUGCUAAACUUAAAGACUUAUUCAAGGAAAAUGCAACUACCGACCAAGAAAUCCAACCUACACGAGUGACAUUAGUGACUGCUGUCAUAUGGAAGGCUUUAAUCAGUGUGGCUCAAGCCAAACAUGGUCAAUUACGGCCUUCUUUACUAGUCAUUGUUAUUAACUUGCGGGGAAGAACUGCAGUUGUUCCCAUUUCUAAAAAUGCUUUUGGUAACUCUUGGACUACAAUCAAUGCUCGCUUUACUCCAACAGGGAAUAUAUUAGAAUGGUUUCAUUUGGUACCACUGCUGUCCGAUGCAGUGAGAAACACUUCCAAGUUCAUUAGUAAAGCAAGUACUGAGGAGAUUUCUUUGUUAGCAGUUACAAAUUUUAAAGAGGAACAAGAAGGGUUUCGUAAAAACAGCGGCGUUGAUGCAUUUAUAUGUACCAGUUGGAGUAAGUUACCAGCAUAUGACGCUGACUUUGGUUGGGGAAGGCCUUCUUGGGUUAGCAGUGCACGUCGCUGCUGUGAAAUGAUGACUCUGUUGGAUAGCAAAUGUGGUGACGGAAUUGAAGUAUGGGUGUCUUUGAAUGAGAAAGACAUGUAUGAACUUGAACGUGAUAAAGAUAUACGGUCAAAAUCAUUUGUCUUCGAUCUAUAGGCUCGAGGGGUCGUCUUAAUUAAGACUGAGAUCAGAAAGGACGAGUUCGAGCCCGAUGGACCAGACUCGAGCUCGAAGAUAGGAUGCAAUGCCCGAGGAUCAAAGUACGAUGAAUACCGAAGCCAAGUAUGCUCAACCCCGAAAUAAUGCCGUUAUGUAUCUCUAACAGAAUGAGCGAGAUUCCUGUCACGUCCCCAAAAUCAUGGCGCAAAUCCCGGAAUAGAAUUGUACGAUUCCAUAUUAGGCGGUUAGAUAGUUGUCCCAAUAAAAUUCCUUACUGUAAAUGAAAAUGUACCUUAUUUAGGGUUCCCCUAUUAUAUAAAAGGGAACCCAAUCAUUUAUAAACACCAUCCAAUCAUUGGCAAAGAAUAUACUAUCUUAUUUUUCUG